AUGUAUAAUAAAACAUUAUUUUUGCUUCUCCAAACUAUAAUACUACAAAGCAUUUCUAACUUUCCAUACGCGGGGGCAUUAGUUGGAUAUAAUAUUAGAUCAGUGAAUGAUAAUGAAGUUCCUUAUGUUGUUUGCAUUGCAAAGUACUCCCCUCGUAAUCACUUAACCAAUAGUAUAAUAUGCUCAGGAGCACUUAUAACACCGAAUCUUAUUUUAACGGCUGAGCACUGUUUCGAUAAUCUGCAGGAUUUGGCACUCGAAGUAUUAUUUAGAUAUGGUCAACCACACAAUUAUCCAAUUUAUUAUCCAAUAUGGUGGAUAUCGUAUGAUCAAUGGACCGCAGCUCGGAACUUACCAAUUACAAACUUGAACAAUGAUAUCGCUCUGUUAAAAAUUUUUGGAUUAGAACAUCAAAUAAUUCCUGGCGUCUUAUCAGAUAUAACUCCAAUUAAUGUAUUUUAUGGAUUAAACUUCCAACUCGUCGGAUGCGGUAGAACGAAUGAUGAUGAGCAUCCGUUAACUGUCCAAACUGCUAAUGCAAGGGUUCUUAAUCUUAAUGAGUGUAAUCAUAUAGUUUCUUAUGUUGCCAGAUCACACUUGUAUAUUCCAGAAAAUUAUAUAUGUACAAGGAAUUCACCAUAUAUUCAAACGAGUAGAGGGGAUAGUGGUGCACCAGUUAUAUUUUCUGACGCUAUUAUAGGCAUAAAUUUGGGCGUAAGCCCGCCGUUUGGAAAUAAUUUUCAUCCUGAAAAAGUAAACAUUCACAUAUAUGCUUAUUUAUACAGAGAUUUUUUGAACAAUGUUAUAGCGGAUGAAUGA